CUGCAGCUCAGACAACCGAUCCAUCUGGCGGUAAGCAGCUACUAGUAGUUGCGAUGACGAGUCCUGGGUGACCCCGCCCUCCGAGUCUUUUGCGAGUCCGAUUGGGAGAUCUCCCGUUUCCUGAAGCGUUGAUGGCGUCUUCGGGUGUGCCUCACGGCGGUGCGUAUGAGUCGGGGCCGGGCGGGAAUGAGAGAGGCAGCGAGGACUUCGUUCGAUACUACCAGGCACAACGCAUUGUACCCGACGGUAGGGCGAUGGCUGAUUGAUGUGGCGUGACGUCUGUGUGCAUCCAUCCAUCGAUUCAUCCAUCUCUGUCUGUCUGUCUGUCUGUCCAUUGAUUGAUCAUUGAUUGGUUAGAUGAGUGGGAGGCCUUCUACGGUAGGCUGCUGACGGACCUCAACACAACCUUCCGAAUCGUCAGUGGCACACUGCACACGGUAGGCACACAGGCCAUCACAUGCGGCUCUGUGUGUGAGCCAAAUGCAUGUGUGUGUCAGGACUUCCUCCGCUCAUUUGUCGAAGAUUGCCGCAGAGAGUGAGUGGAUGGAUGGAGGCACACAGAGAGAGUGCUGGCGGCCAUAUUACUCUUUCUCUCUCUCUGUGUGAUGUCUGUGUGAUGUGUGUGUCAGUGCGUUGGAGAGCCUGACGAGCGACCCUGAGCUGGCCAAGGAGGUCCAAUUCACAACAAUAGAGUGGUCAGCCAACAACCCCAUAGAGUGGUCAACACACUGAAGAACAAUCUUGUGUGUGCAGGUAUCCCGAUCACUUGGCUUACGACGUGGCAAUUCCCCGGCCGGUGCUCAGAAAGAGCCCCGCGCUCAAGUAGCCAAUGCCAGCCAGCCAGCCAGCCACGAUGGAUAGAUGGAUGGAUGGAUGGCGUGCAGGCAGUUUCACGAGUUCCUCGUCAAGCAGUCUGAGGCAGGCACCAUAUUUCGGCAGGUCCGUGACUACAACACGACACGACACAACACAAGGAACACACACGCAUCCACGAGAGGGUGUGUGUGUCUGUGUGUGCAGGAGGCUGUGAGCAUGGUGCCGCCGCUGCUGCUGGAUGUGCGCAGCGGCCACACGGUGCUCGACAUGUGCGCAGCGCCCGGCAGCAAGACCGCACAGCUGAUUGAGGCGCUCUCCAAGCCGCCAGAGGGUUCUGCUGACAGCAACAGCAGCAAUAGGGAGCCUGACGGUUGUGUGGUGGCCAACGACGGCGAGAGCAGACGGGCGCACAUGCUGAUACACCAUCUCAGGCACCUGAGCAGCCCCAACCUCAUUGUGACCACACACAGCGCACAGGUAGCUCUUCCCUAACACACACACACACACACACCUACACACACACACACAGAGAGAGAGAGAGAGAGAUUAAGAGGAAUCUCGCUGCGUGCUUGUGCAGUUCUUCCCCCAUCUGUUUGACGCAUCCACGGGCGAGCGUCUCUUCUUCGACAGAAUACUAUGCGACGUACACAGAACUCCACAGCACAAGACAACACGCGAUGCAGCCAAUGUCGAAGAGAUCAUCCCUGUCCCUCUCUGUGUGUCAGGUGCCAUGUACGGGCGACGGCACCCUGAGAAAGGCACCGAGCCUCUGGAACAGGUGGGUGCUGUUAUGGCAUAGGAGAGAGGAGGGGAGGGAGGAGAGGCCAGGCACACACACACAGAGACAGAGAGGGAGAGGGAUCGGUCACUGUGUUGGCCUGUGUGUGUGUGUGUGGUUCAGGUGGCAUCUGCACAUGGGAUUGGGUCUGCACAAGCUCCAGCUGCAGAUACUCAGGAGGUCGGAAAGGAAAACCCCACACGGAUACACGCGUGUGUGUGGAUGUGUGGCUUUCUUUAAUCAGGGGUCUGAAGCUGCUCAAGACGGGGGGCCGGUUGGUGUACAGCACCUGCAGCUUCAACCCCAUCGAGAAUGAGGCCGUCGUCAACGCUGUCCUGGUCGGUCAGCAAAGCAAAGCACACCAUCAUCACACCACGCACAUGGCACGCACUAAGAUUGCCGGUUGGUUCGUUAGGAUGAGGCGGGUGAGGCAUUGGAGGUGGUCGACUGCUCUGACGAGCUUACGGAGCUCGCCAGACGGCCUGGACUGACCACAUGUGCGUACCUCUGUCUGUCUGUGAGAGCAGACACACAUGACAACAACCGCCACCGUCACCGGCAAUGCCUGUUUUGUGUGUGUGUGUGUGACGUGCAGGGCAAGUGCUCUGGAAAGACACCUGGUAGGUGCCACCCCACCACAUCCAUCCAUCCAUCCCUGUGUGUGCAUGUGUGUGUGUGUGCAGGUACUCCACCUUUGACGAAACCCAAGGCCGCGUCCGCAGGAAGGUCAAGCCAUCGAUGUUCCCCCCACCUCCACCGCAGGAGCCACACGCCAGCCACCGCCACACCCAGCUGCGGCGGUGCCUGCGGUUCUUCCCCCACCUCUCCAACACGGGCGGCUUCUUCGUGUGCCUCCUGGAGAAGCGCGCAGCCAUGCCCUGGGACAGCUUCCCCGACCAGGCUGCGACAUCGUCGACCACAGAAGAUGCAGUGGGAGAGGGACAGGGAGAGGGAGAGGGAGGAGAGGGCGUGACGAUUGACACCGAGGAAAAUGAGAAUGAGAAUGACGACGGUGGGGCGGUCGAGGGAGACGAGGAGAGAGAGGGGGAGAGAGAGGGGGAGGCGUCCACGAGCGAGGCGCAGCCAGCAGCUAAGGACUCGUGGCGCUCACAGGAGGACUUCAUGUCACUCAAACAGCUGGUCCAACAGGUAGGUCUCAGCAGCCAACACACACACACACACACACAGAGAGAGAGAGAGAGCCGGGGCGCCAUCCAUCCAUCCAUAUCUGUCUUCGUAUGCACGCAGCUGUCAUCUGCCGACGGUCGCCCAUGUGGCCUGUGGGACCGCAUCGGCAUGCCCUUCGGCCUCCCAGCCGACGGCGACCUCCUCGACGCCCUGUUUGUGCGGACGCCCCCGUCCGACGCCCCCAAAAAGGUGAGCAAACACCCCUCCCCUCUCCCUCUCGCAAUGGCAGACAAAUGCCUGUGCGCGUGUGUUGUGUGUUCUCAGGUGUGGUACGCUUCCUCUCGGGUCGGUCAGCUGCUGCAGCGCAUCGGCAAGUCUCCCUACAAGAUCAUCAGCGUGGGCUGCCCGGCAUUCGAGCGCGUCUCUACCGGCGGCCCCUACCGCAUGCUGCAACACGCUGCCAGGUGGCUGCUGCCGCGUAUCCAGCACCCCUCUAUCGCAGCAGCGGCAGCCGAGGACGAUGUAGCCAAAGGCACACAGCAGGUGGUUCGGGUGGGUCGAGAGGAGCUGGGGCUGCUGCUGGCGAAGGGUGAGGCCGGCAAGAUGCCGCGUGUGUCGAUGAAGGACGAGAGCUUGCCGGAGGGGCUGCGGGGGCGGCUCGAGAGCCUCACGAGGGAGGCGCCCUUCCUGGCGGUGGCGAGAGGGCCGGACGAUGGUGGUGGCGAGGCGGCGGCCAUGAGCAUUGUGGUACCACUCGUGCAGUCAUGCAUCUCCAGGCACACAAACAGCGGAGCAUCGCUCUCUGUCUGUCUGUGUGUCUGUCUGUGUGUGUCAGCUGCCGGGGUGGUGCGGCCGUCAGAAUGUGGAGCUCAUGCUGGACGACAACACGCGAUAUGCGCUGCACGCGCUCAUACACAAACAUACCAGCAAGACACAGAGUCAGGUUGAGUGACGGUCAUUUGUGAUGAGACGUUGCCUGGGUGGGUUAAGGGUGCUGCACGUGUGUGAUGAGAC